AAUUAUGCAAUUCUGCUUCAGCGUUCUCAGCAUAUGUGUGACAUUAUUUCAAGCAACAUAUAGCACGGAUUUCAGCUCAGUGCUAAAAUGCGCCUGUUUUCUUCCUGUACCCACUGGUCAGAUCUUCUUGUAUUGCUGGGGAGCACACAACAUUACCGAACAGGCGGAGGCGGUGACGCUGGCAGCGUACAGCUGUUCAUGGCUGCAGGCGAGCCCACGUUUCAAGCGCGCCCUGAGAAUCCUCAUGUGUCGCGCUCAGAAGCCGCUGGUUCUCACCGCUGCGCACCUCUACCCCAUGAGCAGGGAAGCAUUCGUCUCGGUGGUGAAUGCAUCAUAUUCAUUCUAUGCAUUGUUGGGUCAGAUGAAUAGACGAUAGACUUGGUCGCUAUUUUGAAAUCAGAUCACCACUGGUUUAUGAUACAUAUGGAUUUUAAUAAAUGUACC